UUCUGUAUACUUCUAUCGUCAAGUGUCUCACGUUUCAUGAAAUUUCGGUGAGUUAUCAAAUAUUUCGCAUUCAAUAAGCAGUUAAGACGGUCGUAUACAUAUACGAAAGUCAUAUACCGAAUGUUUGUCUUAUGUUAUUGCACUGUUUACUCAUUAAGCCGGAUUACAAACGUGUUGUUUAAAUCCAUGUGGGCGUUAUCUGUCAAAGUUAAAUAGUGUAACAUCGACCGGUUCAUGUUAAUAUCAACGAAUGGUUAAAGUUCAAGAAGAGGUGGCGAUGGCAGAGCCGAAACCUGCUGUCGUAGCCACCCCUGACCGUACAUUACACUCUAACAACAAUAGCAACAGCGUUAGUAAUAACAGUAUCCCGACAAACCUUCAGACCCCAAGAAAACCCCGUACCCACAACCACCCCCAUCACCGCCAUCACCAUCACACCUUUCCCCAACAUCCCUUUUACUACCAUUUUUAUUAUCCUACAGAGAAUUCCGAAUCUACUAACAGUUCUAAUAAUAGUGGCAAUUCGCCGGCAAAGUUUUAUUUCGGUCCCGGUUUCGAACCACAAUCUCAUCUACAGACAGGCUACGGUGCCGGUCCUAGUCAAGGUGGAACCAAUAGUGAAUAUAUUGUCCUUUUCCACGUUAAUCCAGGCGUCACAAUCAGCUUCCAGACAGGAGACAGUUUUGAAGUUUUACGAGGUCCGGUAACAGUUCCUAUGGUCUCAACGAAUCCGUCGCCGCCAAUCGCCAUGCCAGUGCAGGUACCUCCGGGACAUGUAGUGCAACAAAUAGUUGACGAAAGUGGAACUCUUCGUCAUGUGAUUCUCUCUCCCCAACAUCCCACGGGCGUAGCGUUGCCCAUGGGUGGCCAUAACCCCCAGCACUAUGGUGCUGGACCGGCAAAUGGCAGUAACCAGUCUCCUCAACCGUUCUACCCCCAGAGCUUGCCGCCCGGCUUUCCACCGCCACAUUUCCAUUCGAACAUUCCGCCGGGAGCUCAUGGUCCACCCUCGUCGCAUCCCAGCCAUUCGCCGCCGCCCCCGCCCCAGCCUGGGCACGGGGGUAACGGCAGCUAUUACAAGGACGAGCGAACGCAGCGUCAGUACAACAAACUCAAAAAGAAACUCCACGAUAAGCAGCAUCUGAUAAAAACCGGACUAGACGCAACGUCGACUGGAACAAACAAUAAUAACAAUAACAAUAAUGCCACCACGCACUUGCUGUCGCCUAGGAAGGAACUCAUUAACGGGUUACAGAGGGGUGCAGCGAAAGAAAAAGGGAUGAACAGUGUCGGCACUUCGGAGGAUGGCGAAGAGAGCAGCAGUGUUCAGGACGAGGAGGAUUACGUCAACUACAUCACAGACGUUUUGUCUUCUGUCCAACCCCCAAAGGUUUCCGACCUAAAUUCCCGCAGUGCCUUAUUGCAAUGGGCCGUGCCUCCUCGAUUGUCAGAGACAGCGAGUAACGACGGCCACGAACUGGAAAUAUCGGAGUCUGACCUUCGCUACGAAGUAUUACUUAGUGAUAAAAGCAAAGAAAUGAAAUAUAAGUCAAUUUAUAGUGGAGCAUCUCUCUCGUGUCGCAUUCAAGACUUACGACCCGGUCAGGAGUAUUCCGUUUGUCUCCAGGUGCAUCUGGACGAGUUACAGGGUACAGCGUCUGAUCCCGUUAAAUUCACCACUCCUUCCUGCGAACCAGAUCAACCCCAGCCACCGAAACUUAUAUCGAAAUCGAAAAACAGUCUUCAGUUGCGGUGGAACGCAGUCAGCGAUAACGGCUCUCAUAUUUUGUACUAUAUCCUAGAGUAUGACGACGGUAAAGGCGGGGAUUUUAUCGAAUUGCAUAAAAGUAAAGGUAAACAUCACACGCUGUCGAAACUGCAGUCGGCUACCGUUUAUAAAUUUAGAUUGGCCGCCAUAAACGACAUAGGGAAGAGCAUGUACUCGGAUGUGGUAACUUACGCAACAUCAGAUAAUCCUCCAACGCAACCGAUGCCACCAUCCCUGAAAGAAGCAACGAUCAAUUCGCUUCAUUUGUUCUGGCAACGUCGCCCCAAGGAUGAUGAAUUUGUCCUGCAGAUGGACGACCCGAAAAGUCGCUACGGUUACUUGACCGUCUACAACGGUCGAGACUCGGAGUACACUUGUGAAAAUCUCAAACGUUUUGCAGAUUACAAGUUCCGAUUAAAAUCACAAAAUGACGGUGGUCCGAGUCCAUGGUCGGAAGAGGUGAUGUUCAGAACGCUUCCCGACAGGCCUGCUAGGCCUUCGAAGCCAGUGGUCAAGGGAAGAAUUCACGCCCAUUCGUUUAGGUUAAAGUGGGAGCCGCCGAGUGACACCGGUGGCGCCGAGAUCACCAGGUACGUUCUGGAACUUAACUCCGGGAGCGGAUAUCAGACGGUUUAUUCCGGCUGCGACACGGAAGCGAUCUGUGAUAAAUUGACCCCCGGCACCACCUACCAGCUGAGGGUGUCGUGCAUAAGUUCGGGAGGCCGCAGUAACUACUCCGAUCCCUGUACCGUUACAACAGAUGCCAUCAGUCCUGGAAAGUGCUCCGCGUUAAAACUUCACGGAAAACCGAAAACGAACAGCGUAACUGUGAGAUGGUUGGAGCCCGAUUAUAAUGGCGGAGCACCCGUUUUAGAAUACGAAAUAGAAAUGGUCGGUCCUGAUUCUAGCAGAAAUAUAAUGCAUAAAAGCAAAGAAACGGAAUGUACGGUGUCGGGCCUGAGUCCCGGAUGCACUUACACGUUGAUAGUGAGAGCUGUGAAUAGGAUAGGAACAGGACCGUGGUCUGAACCAUUAACGGUAACGAGUGGUGCCGCUCCACCCGAUGCUCCCGGAGCUCCUUUGGUCGUUUCAAAAUCACCAUUCCACGUGUUCGUCGAGUGGCAAGAGCCACACCAUAAUGGCGCGCCAAUAACCGAGUACCGUUUAGAACUGAGCCAUAACGAUUCCAAAGACCACUUCCAUCCAAUUUUCCAAGGGCCUAAUACGAACCAUGACGUCAAAGGUCUUACUCCGUUCACUCCUUACUUCUUCCGGGUACAGGCUUGCAAUGCUGCGGGAUGCGGGGAAUUUUCCCCAGUUUCUGCCACCAUAACCCCAGCAGCACCUCCAUCCACGGUGACACCUUACUGUACUGACAGAACCCCAAUGACGAUAACAGUGCAGUGGCAGGAACCCAAUUCUAACGGUUCCCCGAUAACACAUUAUAAUAUUGAAAUAAGCGACCAAGUUAUUAGUACUGACGGACCGGUUCUCAAAUAUACCCUUAAAUCUCUUCAACCCGAUACCUUGUACAAGAUCAAAGUCCAAGCAGUAAACGGGGUAGGCGUAGGAUCUUUAUCUUCGUCCCUUAGAGUAACAACAGCCCCUCUUCCUCCAGCGGCUCCUAAACUAGAAUGUAUAGGAACUGGGCAUAACUAUUUGAAGCUGAAAUGGGGUGAGGGUAAAAAUCACAACUUCACGCAGUACUGCGUUGAAAUGGAGAACAGUAGGACAAAGGAGUUUCAAUGUGUUUACCAGGGCACUGCUUUCACGUGCAAAGUGAACAAAUUGCAAGAACUAACUACUUAUCGAUUUAGGGUCAAUGCUUCGAACGAUGCCGGACAAGGGGACUUUUCCGAAGAAUACCUAUUUACCACCAGUAUAGCUCCUCCUGCCGCCGUCAAGGGAUUGAAAGUGAUCGAUGUGGAUCAAAAGAAUUGCUGCUUGGAGUGGGUUCCUUCGAAAAAUAACACUUCCGACUCUGUCAUUUAUUCCAUUCAAGUCACCCGUCUCAGAGAUCAGGACUACAAACAGGUGUAUAAAGGGUCAGAGACUAAAUGUACUAUCGACAAUCUUGAGGCGGGUGCAGAGUAUUGUGCAAGAGUGUGUUCAAUUCGACUGACAUCCAGUGGAGAACUCCAAGGACCUUACUCCUCUCCGAUAACGUUUUCAACCCCUGCGGCAGAACCUUCUCUCAUUCCUAAGCUCUCUGUUAACGCUAACGCGCCGGCGCACAGUUCGCGCAGCCGCAAUUACAUGAAAUUGGUUUGGCCCCACCUUUUUAACACUAAAACAAUGUCCGAACAGCAGAUGGUGUUACUUGGUUCCGUUUUUAUGCUCGUCUUCGGAAUUGCUUUGGCAGCCAUUAUAAUGUGGCUGUUCAAAUUGAAAUGAUGUCUCUACUAGGUGCAAUUUAUUAAUAAAAGUCGAUGGUCGAUGCUCAUUAUUAAAAGAAGAAG